ACGCGGUUCUGGACAAACCAGGGAAAAAAUGGCGCUCGACGACGCAAUCCAAUGCCCGACGUGCCUCGCGCAGUUUCCGCUUCGUGACGAUGCCUUUCCCGUGCACAUGUCGACAUGCGCUCCAGGCGGCACAAUCGACGCAGAGUACAAGAGCUGCUUGAUCUGCUUCAAAGUCUUCGGGCCGAACGUCCCUUCCUACGAGAUCCUGUUUCACAGGGACGAAUGCGAACGGGUAAAUGGUCCGCCUCCAAAGCGUGCAGGCGCACAGAAGCGUCGACGGGGUAGCGAUGCAGACAAAUCAUUGUCUGUGUUGUCCAACUCGUCAUCGUUGUCGUCGCGAGCACCAUCCUCCCAUCAUCCCACACCGCCUUCAUCGUUGACGUCCGACUUGACUCCGGACUCGCAGACGCUCAACUGCACCCCUACGCUUUGUUUCUUGUGUGGACAAGGCGGCCGACAGCUCGUCGUAUGCACGUCCAAAUGCUCGCGGGCGUUCCAUGUAGGAUGCAUCGGAGAAACCGCGGCGUUGACUCAGCGGCAAGGCCUGGGUGCGCGCAGAGUGUGGCAAUGUGCCGAGUGCAGUCGAAACGUCCACACGUGCUUCUCGUGUGGGUUCCUUGGCGACGACGGCAUCGACAUGUUCCCGUGCUCGAUGGCCGGCUGCGGCCUGUACUGCCACGAUCGGUGCAUGCCGCAACCCGUCGUCGACGCGGCCGCGUUUGAGUGCCGCCGACACCGAUGCCAAGAAUGCAGCAUGCCCAGCGCCGCGCCGGCGCUUCCAUCCGACUGCAUCCAGUGCUACAAGUGUCCCACCAUGGUGCACAAGUCUUGCGAAAACGGCAAGCCCUUGCCAUCGUUUUCCAACGUCGCGGGCGUGUACGGCGACUGCGGCCGGCACGCCGCGGCGUUCCCGCCUCCUGCCCACUUCAAGGCCAAGCUGGCCUUGCAGGACAUUGUGCUCGUGUUGGAGUUGGCCAACUACGUUCUGUCUGUGGGGGCGAAAGGGUUCAAAGGCAACCAGUGGGGCCGCGUGGUCCGCGUGGAAUCCGUGGAUGGCGGCGCCCAACUGCUCUCGGUGCUCUUGUUUGCCUGCGGUAGCGUGAUUUGUGUGCCAGGGCACUGCCUCUUGCGCCUGGGACGCCAGUAUGCCCUCACGGCAGCGUGCUUGACGGAAUGCUUGACGAGUCACGUCCAUGCCGAACUCAACAUCCGUCAGAUCCUCACUGUCGGCGCGUUGUCGGCAACCCAGCAAGUCGAUGCCACCAUGGACACGUGCUUGGCGUUUCAAGAUUUCGGCAAACAACUCAAGAUCAUGUCGAGUCAAUUGGUGGCCAUCGCCAAGGGCGCGAGCCACACGUGGACUUCUGCGACAGCGUUCCAGCCCUUUCAAAAGCUAGACACGCGCCGUCGCCGUCCAUCGUAACAAACACACAAAGACACAUAAUACAUCAUUGUUUUGUCCAUGUGCGACGGGGUUUACAAUCGAGUGUCGACGUGUCCGUGCAAUUUGGCUUCGUCCGCACACAAGUCAGUCGUGCCGUUCACGACGAUGGGGCCCCCCAUGCACGCCGGGAGAUAUUUGGACCCCCCCAUCCACGCCUUGAGCUUGGGCGCGUAUUCCUUCCGUGUGGGGCAGAUGCGGAUCUUAUGGCGCGUCACGUCGCUCACGAGGCGCUGGACCACGUUCCAAAACGCAUUGAACCACACGGGUGUGUUGAUCAAGUACACGACGCCGCAGCGUUCGGGGUAGUGCUGGCCUAAUUAUCGAUAUAUUGUCGAUUUGAUACAAAU